AUUCGCGUACCAUCCUUCUCUGUCAUGUUUUCUCUGAUUUAGCUAAGCCAUCAAGAUAACAACCAACCAGGUUCAUCAUUUUAUACACUCAUGAAUCAAACCACUCGCUAUAUUCAAAAAUAUGCUUUGAAACAUUAAGAAAUAAGAUUUUUGUUUUUUAUUAUUAAUACGUAGCCAUGUAUUAUCAAAUCGUAUGUGGUGUAUUUAACCUCGCAUAUAUAUAUUUUUCAACAAUUCCAAGACUGUAUCUUUGUCGGAUAAAAAGGCAUUAUGGGUGAAACGUUGCCAAGGUAACGGGGGAGUGAUGUUGUUGCCAUAGAUACAUAACAGGUGACCGUACAUGGCAUAUGUACAGGUGGUAUAUUUCAGCUUACAAGACAAAACAAGACGAAAUUCACGUUGGAAAUCCUACCGUAUUAACACAACAGCGGUCUUUCGUGAGUUGUCAUGGGGGAUACCUGAUGUAGCAACCAUGAACUUGUUGUCUUCAGUGAAAAUCUGGAUUUUUCUUUUGCUUGUUGAAGAUUCGCGGUCGCGACCACUUUACCCUCCCCGGUUUGUCCCCUUGUCUUGGCUCCUUCCCGGUGGAGAUGGUGUCUCGUAUCUUAGUUACCUCUCAGAGGGCUUCGGCAAGGAUUUGAGUACCCGGAUAUCAAGUGUUGGAGACGUAGUGAGCGCAGUUGGUGACUCAAUACAGGAGACUGGAACCGAGAGGAGUCAUGACGUUGACCGCAUUUCCGACAUUGUGGGCUCAGAUAUGUAUCCCAGGGGUCCAUGGGAUGCACAGGAGAUCGAGGAUGAAAAUACACCAGGAGAAGAUUAAAAUUUUGGAGAUCUGCAAGUUUCAGGGUUUGGUCAAGAGUGGUACCACAAAUAAUAAUCAUUCGGAGUAUAGUGACUGUCAUAGAGAUUGCUAAAAAUAAAAAAAAGUAAACAAAUGUUGGUAAAAUCUUGAACUUUCAAGUAUUUAUUAGAUAUUGGAAAUGCAAUACGCACCAGUAAAGAAUUAGCUAUUCUUUAUAUAUCUUAUAAGAUAAGUAAUAAAAGAGCAAUGAACAUUCAUUUAAGAGUUACUUGAUGUUUGUUCCUGAUAAACAGAAUCAAAAGUGCUUUCCUUGUGAGUAACUUCAAGCUAGGGUAUUUCCGUGUUUAAAAAAGGAAAAACAAAAAGUUGUCAUUAUCAAUUUAGCAAUGUUCCAAUUCAUGUUUUAAUUAAUAAAAUGUUUUUUUUUGUUCUUC